AUGGUCAAGGAGGCACGAAUACUUAUGGUUGGAGCUGGAGGUAUUGGCUGCGAGCUGCUCAAAAACCUCGUCCUUACUGGAUUUGGCGAGAUUCACAUUGUUGACCUGGACACGAUCGAUCUAAGUAAUCUAAACCGCCAAUUCCUCUUCAGACAGGAACAUAUAAAAAAGUCCAAGGCUUUGGUCGCAAAGGAGGCAGCACAUGUUUUCAAUCCUAACGUCAAGCUCGAAGCUCACCAUGCGAAUAUUAAAGAUGCUCAGUUCAAUGUGGCGUGGUUUAAAGGGUUCACAAUUGUCUUCAACGCGUUAGAUAACUUGGAAGCGAGAAGACAUGUCAACAAAAUGUGCUUGGCUGCGGAUGUACCGCUCAUCGAAAGUGGCACUACUGGAUUCAAUGGACAGGUGCAGGUCAUUAAGAAGGGAGUGACGGCAUGUUAUGAUUCUUUCAGUGAAAUGUUUGGAACAAGUGAGGAGGAAUCGGCACAGAUGGAUCAUUCAGAAGACUCAGAAAAUGCUAAGGAGAUCGAAAAACUACGGCAAGAAUCGGAGGCUUUAAAGAAAAUAAGGAAUGCUAUGGGCACACCAGAAUUCCCCCAGCUUGUUUUUGACAAGGUGUACAAAGAUGAUAUCAACAGACUUCUUUCCAUGGAAGAAAUGUGGAAGUCUCGGCGGCCUCCUCGGCCAUUAAGUUAUACAGAAAUUUCCGAAAAAUGGAAGCUAAACCCACAAUUGCCCAUUGAGCAGCUGCUGAAGGAGGACCAGAGAGCCUGGACCUUAGAGGAAAACGUGGCCGUCUUCCGGGAUAGUUUGGAACGACUGGGUAAGAGGGUCGAAUCAAUGAAAGCAUCAAGCACAGAACCAGUAAUCACGUUCGAUAAAGAUGAUGAUGAUACUCUGGACUUUGUUUCCGCUAGCGCCAAUCUACGAUCAAUAGUUUUUGGCAUCGAGACCAAAUCUCGUUUCGAUAUCAAGCAGAUGGCUGGCAAUAUCAUUCCUGCUAUUGCAACAACAAAUGCAAUUGUAGCAGGUUUAUGUGUUCUUCAGUCAUUUAAAGUAUUACGGGGAGAAUAUUCGAGUGCUCGGGAGAUAUUUCUUUCCCCGUUUGCGCCCCAAAGAUUGCUGUCAUCCGACAAGUCGAGACCACCCAAUCCCGACUGCCCAGUCUGCAGUGUGGCACAAGCUCUAGUACUUGUUGACAUUUCACGGGCUACCCUUGGAGACCUUGUCAAGGAUUUCCUGCGCAUGGAGCUAGGUUAUGGCGAAGAGAUAGUAGUAAAUCAUGGCGCUGAUCUGCUAUAUGAUGUCGAAGAGACUGACAAUCUAACAAAAAAACUUGGGGAACUCGGUAAGUUGUCCGGAUUUCUCGUCAUUUCUGUCGCUCACCAAGAUGGGACAGGAAUCAAAGGUGAUAGCUUCUUGACUAUUAUCGAUGAGGAUGAUGAGAACCCAAGGGUAAACUUAGUGCUAAAUAUCCAAGAAUCCAGCAGCCCAAUAGCCGACAAACCAGUAAAAGGAGUAAACUUUCCACCUGAGCCGGCAGCCGAUGCACCAUCUUCCCCAAUACCGCGAAGGCAGAAAGUCGUAGAGUCAAACGGAGCUUCAAAUGAGCUGCCUCAGCCGAAUGCAACCAACGGCAACGGAAUCGUAGCGAAAUCAGCCGAAUCGGGCAAGAAGAGGACGUUUUCUGAUGUGGAAGAUGUAGAGCAUCAAACAAAGCGAUCCAAAGCCAUGACCAACGAGACGGUGGUUCUCGAUGACACGGUGGAUGGUGCUAUCUUGAUUGACGACGACUGA